CAUACAGCAGCCGCCCCGGCUAGCUGGUUUCAUCCGGUCGCUUUAUUGGCGCAGCGGUAUCGACCUUCUCACGUUGGGUUGCUGGUUUCGACGGCGCUUUCUAAGCGGUGGACAAAAACUACAAUGGACAACAGAGGUUACGGUUCUGGUUAUUCCAGUUGGGGAGGUGGAAGCUCAGGAAGCAGAGGUUCUGAUGGCUUUGACAUGUAUGGAGGUGGUUAUAAAGACUCUGGGCUUGGGGGAUACGGCGGAGGUGGCCAUAUGAAACGAGGGCUGUCAGGAGGAUCAAUGCUCUCAUCCUCUGUACCACAUGCAGAUGCGGUCAUUGCUAAGAUUAACCAACGCCUGGACAUGCUCACUCAGUUAGAAGGGGGGUUUAGGGGGCCUCGAGGUGACAGGUUUGACGAGUACGAGUCAUUCGACUCACGCUCCUCCGGGCUCUCCUCCUCCCGAGAUCUCUACAGAUCUGGCGGCGGUAGCUAUGGUUUUGGGGAUGGCCGUGGGGACAACAUGCUGAUGAGUCAGCGAGGAGGCUCUGGCUACGGAGGGGGAAUUGGGCUUGGGGGAGGAGGAGGCUUUGACAGCCCCUCCUCUUCCUAUGGAGUUGCAAAAAUGCGACAAAAUAUGAGAGAUUCCUUCGCCAGUGGACAGGGAGGAGGUUCUGGAGGUGGAGGAUGGGUUGGAGCUGGCCGACAUUCCCCCAGAAGGGGUGGAAGCGCUGGGGCUCGAGGACCUGGAGGAGGGUUUGGAGGCCGCAGGUCUGACCCCACUUCAUUAAGUGGAGGUAUGCGGGGAAGUGGUGGCGGUGGCCAUUCCCACCGUGGCCAUUCUCCAGGAGGUGGUAGAGGCAAGCUCCCAUCCCUCCUGUCCAACCGCAUGUACCCUGAGAGUGGUGGUUUCCAGGGUUCUGCUUCAGGGCCUCAAGACUUUCCUGGGAGGCAUUUUGGAGGGGGGCCACGAGGUGGUCGCCAGCGAGGCCGCAAGAGACCCCUUAUCAAACAACAAGUGAAGCCUCAGCGUGACGGUCAAAAAAAGAGGAAGCAAACUCAAAGUGGAGCUGAUGAGCCGGAGUCAAAGAUGAACAAGACGGAGAGCGAAGGGACUGAGGCGACCCAAGAAGAACUGAAAACAGAGGGUGCUGACGACAACCCAGAGACAGCUACUGGGGAGACAACUUUGUCUGAAGAAGGGAAGACUGCUACACCCAAACAGGAGGAGAAGAAAAAACCUGCACUGAAACCAACUCCGACCCAAGGACAGGAGAAGCAGCAAAAAGCGAGGAAGAGACGGGGUUUUAUGGACAGGUUGAUGUUUGCAUGUUCUGUUUGCAAGUUCCGUUCGUUCUACAAGGAAGAAAUGGAUGCUCAUCUGGAAAGUCGUUUUCACAAGGACCACUUCAAGUUCCUUUCCAGCCAACUGUCCAAGCCUACCACAGACUUCUUACAGGAGUACAUGCAAAACAAAUUCAAGAAGACUGCAGAGAGGGUCGGCCAGUUGGAAAACCACAGCGCCACCAUCUGCCAGAUAUACAGAGAGCAGGAUCUCACACGGGAACUUGGAAUGGAGCACUUCAUGAGGAAGGUGGAAGCGGCUCACUGUGGAGCCUGUGACCUUUUUAUUCCCAUGCAGCCCCACCUGAUUCAGAAGCACAUCAAGUCUCCUGACCAUAACUACAACCGGAAGGGUAUGAUGGAGCAGUCUAAGCGUGGCAGUUUGUCAGUUGCACGUAGCAUCCUUAAUCACAAACUCAUUGGCAAGAAGCUGGAGAGCUACCUGAAGGGUGAAAACCCAUUCACUGGGAACCAAGAUGACCACGACCCAGAGGACUCCAUGGCAAUGGACGUAUCAGAGUUGGAGUUGACCGGGGAGACGGCAGAAUGCCAGCCAGAAAAUACAGAAGUCAAAGAUGGGUCUGUGGCUGCUGAAGUGGCUGAGGGAGGAGAACCAGCAGCUGCUGCAGUUGUAGGGGAGGAAGGAGAGGAAAAGAUGGAGGAGGAGCAGCAGGAGGAGGAGGAGGAGGAGGAGGAGCAGCAGGAGGAGGAGGGGGAGCAGCAGGAGGAGGAGGAGCAGCAGCAAGAUAACCAGGAAGACGGAGAGCAGGAAAAUCAUGGAGAAGAAGGUUUUGAGGUUGGAGAAGGAGAGGAGGAGGAAGAGGAUGAUGAGGGAUAUGUAGUGCACGAUGAAGGAGACGAGGGAAUCCAUGGUGAACAGGAAGAAGCAUAGGAAUGUCAAGAAUGAGUUUUGCAUCCUUUCUCUGAGCUCUUAAUGUGAAUAUGUUUCUGGACCAGUUGGUGACCACUUCCACUGGUAAAUCAAUCCAGUUAGAUUAGCUGUACAUACCUCUGCUGUUAGUUUUUUUUUUUUUUUUUUUGAGACUGUCUUUUUUUUUUUUUUUUUUUUUUUUUUUUUUGCAUUAGGAAUAGGUUUUACACUUCAGGUACUGUUUACUCCUGUUAAUACCGGGAAACGAAAAGGAUGUUCCUAUAAGUAACUCUUAUGCAUGAUUGCUUACCAGUAUGUUGAAGAGAUGUUUAUAAAACAGUUUUUUGGGGACAAACAGGUAGCCUUGCUGUGUUGAGUCUUAAUUCUAAUUAAUGCUUGUUCUGUCUUCAUUCUCAAUGAGACAAGAGUUUGGAUUUAUUUUUAUUUAAACCUCAAAGGCAAAUUGUAUUUCUGAGAAUUUCAAGCUUUUAACCUUUUUGUGAAAUGUUUAUCAUUUCUUUUAGAAUAUCAGUAUUGUAAAGUUAAAACAUUUUUGGUUGUUUUUUUUUUUUUUCUAGUUUACAUGGUGACCCAGAAUUGACCUAAUUGACAGUGAUUGCAAACAAAUGAAGUUUUACAGCAAUGUGAGCUUUUUAAUCUUGCAGUGAAAAUGGUGGACAUUCACAAUAGAAUAAAUGUGACAAUUUGUUUCAGUGAAGAAAUAAACUUGUUCAAAACAAA